UAACAGCCAGUCUGUUUUCCAAAGUGGCUAUGCCAUUUCACAUCCUCACUAAGAGAGAAGAUUCCAGUUACUCUGCACCUCCACCAACACUUGCCAUGACUUAUCAUGGAGUCCAGAUCUUACAUACAAUGGAUGCUUCUCACACCAGACACUGAACGUUAAGAGAUAACCUGUUUACAACCUAAGCUGCCAUGGAAGAAAUACCAGUAAAAGUUGCUGUAAGAAUUAGACCUCUGCUUUGCAAAGAAGUUCUUCAUAAUCAUCAAGUGUGUGUGAGAGUUAUUCCAAACACCCAGCAAAUUAUCAUUGGGAGAGACAGAGUGUUCACUUUUGAUUUUGUUUUUGGCAAAAAUUCCACUCAAGAUGAAGUUUAUAAUACAUGUAUAAAGCCCCUGGUGCUGUCACUCAUUGAGGGCUAUAAUGCAACUGUUUUUGCCUAUGGACAAACUGGAUCUGGGAAGACAUACACCAUUGGAGGAGGCCAUGUUGCUUCAGUUGUGGAGGGUCAAAAGGGUAUCAUUCCUCGAGCCAUCCAAGAAAUAUUCCAAAGCAUCUCUGAAAAUCCUAGCGUUGACUUUGAUAUCAAAGUGUCUUACAUAGAGGUUUACAAGGAAGACCUAAGAGAUCUGCUAGAACUGGAGACAUCCAUGAAGGAUCUUCACAUCCGAGAAGACGAAAAGGGAAACACAGUGAUUGUUGGGGCCAAGGAGUGCCAUGUGGAGAGUGCAGAUGAAGUGAUGAGUCUUUUGGAAAUGGGGAAUGCAUCCAGACAUACAGGUUCCACCCAGAUGAAUGAGCACUCCAGUAGAUCACAUGCGAUUUUUACAAUCAGCAUUUCCCAAGUUGAGAAAAAUAUGGAGGCAACUGAAGAUGGCUCAUGGUAUCCUCACCGGCAUAUUGUCUCAAAGUUCCAUUUUGUGGAUUUGGCUGGAUCAGAAAGAGUAACCAAAACAGGGAACACCGGGGAGCGGUUCAAGGAAUCCAUUCAAAUCAACAGCGGCUUGCUGGCUUUAGGAAACGUAAUCAGUGCUCUCGGAGACCCACGCAGGAAGAGCUCACAUAUCCCAUACAGGGAUGCUAAAAUCACCCGGCUUCUGAAAGAUUCCCUGGGAGGCAGUGCCAAGACUGUCAUGAUCACGUGUGUUAGCCCUUCCUCCUCGGAUUUUGAUGAGUCCUUAAAUUCUCUCAAAUACGCCAACAGAGCACGGAAUAUAAGAAACAAACCCACCCUGAACUUUAGCCCCGAGUCAGACCGCAUGGACGAGAUGGAGUUUGAGAUUAAGUUGCUGCGAGAAGCUCUGCAAAGCCAGCAGGCUAGUGUCAGCCAGCCAGGCCAGAUCCAUCGAGAAGGGACUCCUGAUAAAAACAGGAUCCAUUUUCUGGAGGAGCAAGUGGCUCAGUUACAAGGAGAAUGUCUGGGCUACCAAAACUGUAUAGAAGAAGCCUUUACCUUCCUGGUGGACUUAAAAGAUGCUGUCAGACUAAACCAGAAGCAGCAACACAAAUUGCAGGAGUGGUUUAGCAUGACGCAGGAAGUCAGGAAGGCUGUCCUCACGUCGUUCCGGGGAAACCGAGGCAUUGGGAACCUGGAGGAAGGACCACAGCACAUUACUGUCCUCCAGCUGAAGAGAGAGCUUAAGAAAUGCCAGUGUGCACUCGCUGCUGAUGAAGUCGUCUUUAAUCAGAAGGAACUGGAGGUAAAGGAACUCAAGAAUCAAGUGCAGAUGAUGGUACAAGAAAACAAAGGGCAUGUUGUAUCUUUGAAAGAAGCACAAAAAGUGAAUAGAUUGCAGAAUGAAAAAAUAAUAGAACAGCAACUUCUUGUGGAUCAGCUGAGUGAAGAACUAACAAAACUUAACCUGUCAAUGACUUCUUCAGCUAAGGAGAAUUGUGGAGAUGGGCCUGAUGCCAGGAUCCCAGAAAGGAGACCACAUACUGUGCCAUUUGACACUCGCUUGGGGCAUUAUAUUUAUAUUCCAUCAAGACAAGAUGCCAGGAAGGUCUACACAAGUCCUCCCAUGUACUCUCUGGAUCGAGUAUUUGCUGGAUUUCGAACACGAAGUCAGAUACUGUUGGGUCACAUAGAAGAACAAGAUGAAGUCCUCCACUGCCAAUUUUCUGACAACAGUGAUGAUGAAGAAUCAGAAGGCCAAGAAAAAUCAGAACUUAGAUGCAGAAGUCGCUCAUGGAUUAAAAAACCAGGCUCUCUUUGCUCUCUCGUUGAGCUGCAUGGUGCUCAGGAAGAAACACAGAAGCCACAUUUGGGAGCUAAAGAUUUGAAGAUUGGAUGUCUCCAGGAGAGUCAAGAAUCAAAUUUGCAAAAAUUAAGGAAUUCGGAACUUAUACUUAAUGAAGCUAAGCAAAAAAUGAGAGAACUUACAAUUAACAUCAAGAUGAAGGAGGAUCUGAUUAAGGAGCUAAUAAAAACAGGUAACGAUGCCAAAUCUGUAAGCAAACAGUAUUCUCUGAAAGUAACAGAACUAGAGCAUGAAGCAGAACAGGCCAAAGUGGAAUUAACUGAAACAGAAAAGCAGCUACAAGAACUGGAAAGCAAAGAUCUUUCUGAUAUUGCUCUGAAAGUAAAAUUACAGAAAGAGUUCCGUAAAAAGAUGGAUGCUGCGAAGCUGAGAGUCCAGGUCCUACAGAAGAAGCAACAGGAUACUAAGAAGUUGGCAUCACUGUCCAUCCAAAAUGAAAAACGUGCCAAUGAACUAGAGCAGAACAUAGAUCACUUGAAAUAUCAAAAGGUACAGCUGCAAAAAAGACUUCGAGAAGAAAAUGAAAAAAGGAAGCAACUGGAUGCAGAAAUUAAGCGGGAUCAACAAAAAAUCAAAGAACUGCAGUUAAAAACAGAACAGGAAGAUCAAAAGCUGAAAGCUGAGGACCCCAGUGCAUUUAACUUGAAAAGCAGAAGAGGUUCGUUUGGAAGUGUAGACCAGCUCCAGAAAUUGGAUGAGCAGAAGAAGUGGUUAGAUGAAGAAGUAGAGAAGGUUCUGCACCAACGGCAAGAACUGAAGGAGCUGGAGGAAGACCUCAGGAAGCGGGAGGCCAUAGUUUCCAAGAAGGAGGCCCUGUUGCAGGAGAAAAGCCACCUGGAAAGCAAGAAGCUGAGGUCCAGCCAGGCCUUAAACACAGAUAGUUUGAAAAUAUCAACUCGCCUGAACUUGUUGGAUGAAGAGUUGUUUGAGAAGAAAGCACAGCUGCAGGGCAGCACAGCAGAGGAGAAAAUAAAGAUUUCUGAACAAGUUCAAGCCCUCCAGAAAGAAAAGGAUCAGCUCCAGAAACGAAGAAACAGUGUGGACGAAAAACUGCAGAGCGGUCGCUUGCUGUCACCUGAAGAAGAACAUGUUCUUUUCCAACUUGAAGAAGGAAUUGAAGCUUUGGAAGCUGCAAUUGAAUACAAGAAUGAAAAUAUCCAGUGUCGCCAGAAUUCGCUCAGAGCAUCAAUCCGAAACCUCUCCCACAGCGAAGCAAAUGUCUUGGAAAAACUGGUUUGCCUGAAUCCUAUUGAGAUUAGAGCUAUUCUUUUCAGAUAUUUCAAUAAGGUGGUUAAUUUGCGAGAAGCUGAACGGAAACAACAAUUAGAGAAUGAAGAGAUCAAAAUGAAGGUUCUGGAACGGGACAACAUGGUUCGGGAGUUGGAGUCUGCACUGGAACAUCUAAAAUUGCAGUGUGACCGGAGACUGACCCUCCAGCAAAAGGAACAUGAGCAAAAGAUGCAGUUGCUGUUACAUCAUUGCAGAGAGCCAGGUGGAGAAGAUACUACAGAAACUUUAAAAACAUAUGAAGAUAAAAUCCAGCAAUUGGAAAAAGAUCUUUAUUUCUAUAAGAAAACCAGCAGAGAUCUUAAGAAGAAACUUAAAGAACUGUUAGUUCGGCGGCAACUAGCAACAAUGGAAAAUUAUGAUGCUGGAGAUGGAGCUGGCAAUCCAGACGCAGCAGCAGGCGUGCUGGCAGAGGAAUUCAGAUGCGCAUCCAGAACCGAGACUACGAGAUUCAGUGGGAGAGAGCGACAGACAGACAGCUCCACAAGCAGCUUCAGAACACAACCAAAUCCUCGGAAACUCUGGGAAGAUGGCCCGGACGUGCCUCCAACAUGUAGCUCUUUAGCACCUCCCAGUGGGCAAAGCAAUGAGGAUAAAGCAGAAACGGAUGAAAAUCAGUUUUCAAAAUCUCACAGUCGACCAUGUUCCCAAAUUCAGCCAGUGGAAAAUGUGGGACAACUUCAUGGUGUCACACCUGUAAAACUGUGUCGCAAAGAAUUACGUCAGAUUUCUGCGCUGGAACUGUCAUUACGGCGUUCUAGUCUCGCAGCGGGGGUCGGAUCUAUGACUGCAGACUCCAUUGAGGUGUCCAGGAAACCUAGUGACUUAAAAACUAUAGGCACUUAGAAUUUUUAACUUAGUAGAUACGUCAAACGUGUUAAAAUUAAGGCUCAAGUUGACUAGCCCUUCCCUCGGGAUAAAAAAAAGAAGGGGAGGAAGGAAUUCUUAUUCCUUUUGUAUAUUACUGGUAUAUAUUUUUCCUGUGGUAUAUUUGGGGAAUUUUAAUUUGUAUUUCCAUAAUAACCUAAUACGUGUAUUCUAAUUCUUGGUAAUAUUUAAAUAUUUCCAGUUAUAAAUGUGUUUAAAAUUACUUCCAGGUAUAUUUGAAGAACAAAUCAAAAAAUAGGCUAAAAUAUCCAUCAAAUGUAUCUUAUAAUAUAAAAGUAUAUUUCAUUAUAAAGACAUUUUAUAAUACAAUAACUACAUUCCUGGUAUUCUAAAACAUUGUUAUUUUUUAAGAAGCUGGCUAAAUACUGUUUGUGUACAGCAAGAAUCACCUGCUGAUUUGUUCUAGCAUGGCUGAAAAUCUGUUCAAAAUGCACGCGUGGUAGAGACACCUGUGAGACUUAGACCCCACAGAAGCUGAGUGAUCAGUCUUAACUUUAAACAUGGUCUCUGCUCUUUUGUUGGAUAUAUUCUUAUUAUAAUUUUGUACUACUGGAUUGCUAACAUGGAGUGUGUUAAUCUCUGUCCUGCACCACACCCACAAGCUCUCUCUCACUGUGCUGCUAAUGAGAACUGGAUGCAGUUCCGUGGAACAGGGAAACAUGGACAGGACACACUAAAACAUUGUUUGUCAAGGCAGAGAACACUGGUUGUGACGCAUCUGGCCACGUGGAGUACAUGUGGAAGGGCUAAGGUCCAGCCAGUAAUCUAAUGCACUCCAGUCCGAGAUUUUUCUCUGUAACCUGCUUAGUCAGGUUUUACAAACAGGUAGGCCCAACUACACUGGGGCUAGAAAUAUGUAAAUGAAAUUCUUGCUCAAAUUUUCUUUCAAGUUUUUUGGUCAAAAUCUUAUUAUGUAAUAUUUAGAAAUCAGAACUAAACAAUUUUCCUGCCAAGUAUAGUUUAUGCUUUUUCAUUAUAUUUUUCAUUUCAUAGUAAAUAUGCCAUUAUAAUGACUUGAGGUAUUAUUUGCUUACUUUUUGUUGUAUUUCCAAAUGUGCAGUUGGGUUUCCUAAACUAAUUAGUGCUUGGAGAGGGCAGCAGGGAAGCCAUCCUGACUCACAGAGGCCUCCUGAGGUGGUGUUGCCCACUGCCUGGCUGAGCCAGUCUGUUCUUACCUGACGC